CCGGAGAAAUCAUUCAGAGAGUAGCUGUCGAGCCGAGCAGAAGCACAAGCGAGAGCUACCAGUCAAAGGUGAAAAAAAAUCAAAAUCAAAUAAUAUUAAAUCCAAAAUCGCAUCCAGAGAACUUGAAUCUUAAAUCAGAAACUAAAAUACACAGACACUGAGACACAGAUUGUGAACCAGAAAGUGAAGUGCUGAAUUUUCGAAAACUAAAAAAAUAAUUAAACAAAGUGUUAACAUUAACUGAAAUGGCCACCUUAUCGACACAUCCCAAUUACGGUUUCCAUCUGGGCCAGCCCCAGGGACUGGAGGACUACGCUCCCCAGGGCCAGCUCCAGCUGAGUCCCAGCAUGGACAUGGAUAUCAAGCGGGUGCUGCACUACUCCCAGAGCCUGGCGGCCAUGGGAGGCUCCCCGACCGGACCAGCCGGCGGUGGUGUGGCUGGCGGCGCCAAUAUGGGCCACCACAUGUCUGCCGGACACAUGUCCACACACCACAUGCAUCAGGCGGUCUCCGCCCAACAGACUUUGUCGCCAAACAGCUCCAUCGGAUCCGCCGGAAGCCUGGGCAGCCAGAGCAGUCUGGGCAGCAGCGGCAGUGGCAUGAAUGUUUCCGGUUCCGGGUCUGGACAUCAGUCCGGCGGCAUGCACAGCCUGGCCACCUCUCCCGGCCAGGAGGGACACAUCAAGCGGCCCAUGAACGCCUUUAUGGUGUGGUCCCGCCUCCAGCGUCGUCAAAUCGCCAAGGAUAAUCCCAAGAUGCACAACUCCGAGAUCUCGAAGAGGCUGGGAGCCGAGUGGAAGCUGCUGGCCGAGACCGAGAAGCGUCCCUUCAUCGACGAGGCCAAGCGCCUGCGGGCCCUGCACAUGAAGGAGCACCCCGACUACAAGUACCGCCCACGUCGCAAGCCCAAGAACCCCCUGACCGCCGGACCUCAGGGCGGCCUCCAGAUGCAGGGAGGACCCAUGGGUCAACAGAAGCUGGGUGCCGGUGCCGGAGCGGGUCCCGGAGGCUACAAUCCCUUCCACCAGCUGCCGCCAUACUUCGCCCCCUCGCACCACCUGGACCAGCCCUACCCAGUGCCAUACUUCGGUGGCUUUGACCCCUUGGCCCUCUCGAAGCUCCACCAGUCGCAGGCUGCUGCGGCGGCGGCCGUCAACAACCAGGUGCAUAAGGUGGAGCCCCAGGCGCCGCCCCAGUUGCCGCCCACCUCGCUGAGCAGCUUCUACUCGGGCAUCUAUUCCGGCAUCUCGGCGCCCUCCCUGUAUGCCGCCCACUCCGCCAACGCCGCCGGUCUGUACACAUCCUCGUCGACCUCCUCGCCCGGCUCCUCGCCCGGUACCAUCACACCCAACGGCAUGGACGGAUCCAUGGACAGCGCCCUGCGACGACCUGUGCCGGUGCUCUAUUAGAGCCGGAGAGACGAGUAGAGUACAGAGUAGAGUACAAUUGUUGAAGCAUUCCCCAAAGUGAUCCACUGGUUUUAAAUCUUCAAAAGCUCUAAGUAAGCCAAUCCUCCAAACCACUCCGCUUAAUUCUAGUACAAUCUUCGCACGUCAGACCAUAGAGAGUAAGGGAAGGAAAGAUCAUCCAGCACCGAACAUUCCUAGCCAAUACUAUGAACUAUAAUUUAUUAAACUUACAAACAAAAACCAACAAAAACAAAUGACAAAAAAACAAAACCUAAUUGUAAAUUAAUUUUAUUUAGUUUUAAGAUUUAAGAGAGAGCGCCUCCUCCUCCUCCUUGUUGUUUUUUUUCGUGUCAGCACCAAUUAAUAGUCUAGCUCUUAGUUCUUAAAGUCUAAUCCCUUCAAAUUGUAAAUAUCCCAGCCCAUUUCGUUAUAGUUUCCUAGAACAUAUGGUACAUAAAUGUAUUAUUGUAUUAUUAAUUAUAUUAAAAUUAUAUUAAACUAAGCGCUAAAUGGUAAAUGAAUGCCAAC